AUGACUAAGCUGUCAACGCCAGUCCGCCGCGUUCUCACCGCAAAUGACCCAAAAGGAAACGGCUACUUCGCCUCCGACGAGCUUCUUACACCUUACGAUCCCACAACGGCACCCGAAUUCUCUCUUCCAACUGAAAAAUCCGCAUUCGGCAUAAUACAACUCCAUCGUACACGCGGUUUCCCCGCGGACAACCAACGUCCGUUAGAGAAUAAUGAUCCGUACAGAAUCCUUGUACCCCUUGCAGACACAAAGGGUCCCUCAGCACGAGUUAUAGAUCUACCUCCCCACCAGGAAGGAGGAUGGAUGCAUCGCACGCUCAGUCUGGAUUAUUGUGUUGUUCUCAGUGGAUCUGUUACAUUUAUUACUGAUGGCGGGGAGGAGAAGACACUUAAGGAACAUGAUGUUAUUGUUACCAGAGGUGUGAAUCAUGCUUGGGUGAACAGGGGCGGGACAGUGGCUAGAGUCUUUGUGGUUGUUGUACCGGCUUUGCCGAUUGUCACGGAGGAUAAGGUACAGUUGGAUAAGACUCCUGCGGGGGAUAUUUAUGAUCCGGAGGAGGAGGAGGAUUGA